UCCGGCGGUCGAGCUGCCUUUAUUCCGUCGCCUGUCCAAGCUCUGUGCUGGUCUGGGCUCAAUACCGCCGAUCCUGCCCGGUUUGACUACGUCACCAACCUCCUCUUCAUCGGGCGCAACGACCGCCAUUCUCCUGCCGUGCAUCCCAAACUCGAAAGUAGUUCCCCCCCGCCGAUAACACGCUGCUCGCGGCUUCCAGCUCCCGUCGCGAAUGACGUGGUGUAGGGUGGGGCCAUCGCAGUCAUGGGAAGUGCAAGCACCAAAGAGUCGCGCAGUGGUGAUGCUGGCCAUCGCGGCCAUCACUCCGGCAUCAGCCCGGGCCUUGAGCCUGGCGCCGGCCCCUCCACGCGAUCCGACCGAACAUCAAGCCGGGGGAACCGUGUGAGUCGGGCAGAUCUAGGAGGCAUUCUGGGACUGGGGCCUACCAGAGGCUCAAGCUCGCAAUUGGAGCCACCGUACGAGCGCCGCGAAACCAAGCAGGAGAGGGAGGCGCGAAGACUGGAGAAGGAGCGGAUUGCUAGAAUCGCCGAGCGAGAGCGGAGCAUGAAGGAAGAGCACGUAGACGGAGGCUUCCUGGUCACCAUGGGAGUAUACACCGGCCCGGAAGACUUUAACAAGCAAAUCGUGCGCCAACUUCAAAUAGAGCGAAAGCUCGCACCCUUCUGGCGAGGUCUUAAUGACUUCAGCGAUGAAUGGACGGAGCCGCAGAUUAUUGCUGCGGCCCGGGGGCUGCCCAUCCCUGCUGCCGACCAGACUCCUCCAGACGAGCUUAUCCCCCGGCCGCUUUCGCCGAGCUCUCAAGGGGAAUCGACCCCAAACUUGGAGUAUCUAACAGUGCCGAUUCUCAAUCGCUCCCAGUCAACGGCUUCUGAUCAUGCUGCGUCAACACCGGCCUCAGCUCUCCCGUCACCUCUUCAAAAUCAACAAUCGCGAUCGAGUUCGCCCUUCAAGCCACGCGGGAAGGCUCUCGCAUCCGUCUUUAGUGGAAGCCCCCGGAAUGGAUCCACAGCCGAGUUCGUGCCGACCGAGAUCAAAUUACCGCAUGAUCCCUUUGUCAAUGGACAGCCCAUUGAAGUCUUUUUGUACAAGAAUGCCAUCGAUUGCCCCAUCUGUUUCCUGUCUUACCCGCCAUACCUGAACCACACGAGGUGUUGCGACCAGCCGAUCUGCAGCGAGUGCUUUGUGCAAAUCAAGCGGCCGGAUCCGCAUUUUCCGGAAGGACACAACGAAAAUGACCCUAACCGCAACCCGGAAGAGUCGGCAGGUUUGUUGGUGUCAGAGCCCGCAUGCUGCCCUUACUGCACUCAACCCGACUUCGGUGUCACGUACGAGCCGCCGCCAUUUCGUCGCGGCUUAGCGUACUCCAUUUCCCCGGCCGCGCUAGGAACCAUGAGCACUGCCAUGUCUUCAAGCAGCUCGAUCAACUCGGCGUCGUUAUCACCGGCGGUUGGCUCACCGGGAUCCGGCCGCCGACGGAAUGAGUCUCUGUCAGCUGGCAGCCCCAACGUCAUCCUGACGGACCGGAUCCGUCCCGAGUGGGCAGCGAAACUGCAGGCAGCACGUGCGCAUCUGGCAAGGCGGGCCGCAGCCGCUACAGCAUUGCAUACCGCCGCGUUUCUCAUGGGGAAUGCUGAGAAUCGGGCAUUCCGUAGCCGAUUUGGGCGUCGAAACACGGGCGGAUCAGGCUCUGCUGGCGCUUCCCCUGGCGGCGGAAAUGGGGAUAACGGAGAUAGUGGGUCUGGGACGCCCUUGCAGGGUGGCCUUGACCCCAGAGGCAGUUCAGGGCGCGGUGGCGGCGAGGGCCGGCGUGGCGGCCUCGAGGAACUUGAAGACAUGAUGUUCAUGGAGGCGAUACGCCUGUCCCUUGCCGCCGAGGAAGAGCGCAAGCGAAAGGCGGAGAAAGAGGCGAAGAAAGAGGCAAAGAGACGGGGAAAGGAAGAGAAAAAAGCGGCAAAGGCUGCCGCGAAGCGAGCUGGGCCUUAUGAGGGUGCCGGCAGCCAUAGCGGCCAUAGCUCGGCAAGCGCAAGUAGUCUGAGUUUGUCAGGUCUAGGAUUCGGAAGAAGGCGAGGCAAUAGUGCUGCCAGCAAUCUCCGAAUCGAGGCCACCAGUGCCGCUGCACUGGCCGCGGGCGGUUCCUCGAAUUUGGAACCGAGUUCCAGAGACAAAGGGAAAGGCGUAGAUCGCCCUGUAUCCCUAUCCGCAGAGAGUUCCCAGGCCAGCACCGCCGAGCCAGCCAGUCCGGGCAGCCGGGCUACUCAUUCAAGUCCGCGACAGAUCCCGUCCCCGCAUCUCCCGGCCGGUCCCUCUCAUUUGCGACAGAUGAGCAGCGCGUCGUCAGUCUCAUCAUCGGUCCUAGACAGCCACCAAGGCAGCUUUACGGCGCCUUCUUACCUGCAGGACCCUCGCGGUAGUGGGCUUAGCCUGGGGAGCCGGUCGGGCCCCAGCGAGGACGGCGGCGAUCAGGAUCCAGAUCGGGACCCGAGCGCCAGCACCGAACCCAUGUUCAACUUCAGGAGUCUUGCCGAAGUGGUCGGUGUUAGUCUGGAAGGUGAAAACGCUGGGAGGCGGCUCAGCGCGAUCGAAGCUGAGAGGAAGGGCAAAGAAGCGGAGGGCUCCCAAUCUCACCAAGGCCCCAGCCGUGGUGACAGCUCCGUUGCCCCUGAGUCACCCCUAGAAGUGUCCACGAGCCAGGCAAGUAUGGAGCCGGAACACACUAAAGAAGAUCUGUCCUCGCAGGCUGAGCGGGACAUGGCAUCUACGAAUCCGAACGCAUUGUCGCCGCCAACAGUCACAGUCACCCCAGAAACACCCAAGGCAGGGGACACGGAAGAAUUGAAGCAGCUUGGCUACGCUUCAGCCGUUGAGCAUGCGGAUCAAGCGGUGCAGUAGUCCGACGACAUUUCUGAGGGGAUGCUUGGAUAACAAGUAUCAGCAUAUAUGAGAGAGCUCGAAGAUGAUGCUGAAAAGACGUCGCAACGAACGUCGUUGCUAGAUGGGCAAGCAUUCUAAAGGGGUUUCUCACGGUGCGCCAGGUCAAAGAAUGACUGAGGAGGAG